AUGCUUAAGCGCAAGCCCUCCCAUGACUUUAGAACCGGCCCCCACGUGUCGAUAUACGGCGAUGACCGCACGCCGAUGACGUCCAAGCGCAAGCGACUCUUCCGUCCCAAGAACAACAACAAACAGGUGUGGAUACCGGAAAAGGAUCGCGAUAUGAGCGAACUGCUAGAGUUUGUUUUACAGCAUGAAGAGGCUUUCAAAAACCAGUAUCGCCUUGCAUCUCUCUAUGCAGACUUCCGACAACAACUCGAGAUAAACCCCGAGGGAUACCAUGCGAACAUUGCAGCAUGGACGAAGGCACUUACCGACGCUUCACGGGCAGGCGUCAUACCAAUGCAAGGCAGCACACACGACCUGUUGAGCAUUCGAACCGCAGACGAGCUCGCGCGAGCAUUACAACAUCCACAGUAUGGGAAGCCGACAUGCUUGCCCGCGGUGUUUCAUGAGGCGGUACAGAAGAAGGAGAUGAUACCCCGCAAAGACUUUUUGAACUCGAAAGAGAGCAUAUACAAGACCUCCUGGAUACCGUCGCCAUGGACUGUGCUGCGGUGGGGCUUGAGGCAGGUUGGCGUUCUGGGACAGCUAAAGUCACCAGACAAGCUUGAGGUUGGGAACUUUGUGGUUGUGAAGAAUAUUGAGGUUGCUGCGGACGAGAUCUUGAAGAAGAUGAAGGAGCACACUUCGACUGCGGACCGAGUCUUGUCGAGGACAGACUUCCUCAAGCGCUUUUCAACCGCACUCAACCCUGCCGCGCCGCUUACUACAAACGAUUUGGAUAUUCUCCUAUUAUUUCUAGCCCGAGACCGACAAGCGAUAUCGUACAAUGCGCAGGCUAUCAAAUUCAAGCCUGAGAACGAACCGGUGCCUCUACCGGUUACAGAAGAAGACGCCGCUAUCGCCAACCUCCGUGACACACUAGCGAACAUCCACGCUCAAAUACCACCGCUCAUGGAGAAGAUCACUAUUGCCGAUGCUGCAGCUCGGGAAGCAGUAGCUGCUAAACAAAUGGUGCGCGCCAAAGCAGCCCUUCGCUCGAAGAAGCUUACCGAAAGCGCCCUCGCUCAACGCUCCGAUGUCGCCCUCCAGCUUGAAAGCGUGUACACAGACCUUCAGAAAGCAGCUGACCAGGUCGAAGUUGUCGAGGCCAUGCGUGCUGGUGCCGCUGCACUCAAGGGCCUGAAUGACAAGGUCGGCGGGGCGGAAGGUGUACAGGGUGUUGUUGAUGCAGUUAAUGAACAGAUGGCUACCACGGAAGAGAUCACAAAUAUAAUCAAUGAGACUAGUCAGCCUCUCGAUGAAGCUGAGAUUGAUGAUGAGUUUGAAGCCUUGGAAAAGGUGGAGCGGGAGAAGCAGGAGCACAAAGAGGCGGAGAAGACCGCGGCGAGGCUGGCAGAAUUGCAAAAGGCGGAGAAGAAGCGAAUAGAGAAAGAAGCAGAACGGCAAGCACAACAGGAUCAUGAAGCAGAACGAAAAGUGCAGAAGGAAAACGACAAGACGGAGGAGAAAGUCGACGAGGCGUCCCUAGGGCUUUCAAGGCUCUCUUUUCAUCAGCCGGGGGAUGAAGAGAUGAAGGAUGCUGAGGAAGAGAGGCGUGUCCCAUUGCCAGCGUAA